CCUUUCUACCACGUCCACCAUGUCAGACCAGAGUGCUUUCCAUUCAGAAGACAGCUUCGGCUCUACAAAUGACAAACAGAACAGGACACAGGGUCAAGACAUUCUUUUCUCGUCUCCAGAGGAGGACAGCAGUCUGUAUUUUACUUACAGCGGAGGUCGCAAUGAAGUGGAAGUCCGCAAUCUCAACUAUGAGGUGGACAUAGCUGCACAGAUACCCUGGUAUGAGAGGCUGUCAGAGUUUAAGAUGCCCUGGGAGAUGCACAGCAACAAGCAAACAGUCAUAAAGGACCUAAACCUACAUGUGCACAGUGGCCAGAUGCUUGCUGUCAUUGGCAGCUCAGGCUGUGGGAAGACCUCCUUACUGGACAUCAUAACAUGUCGAGAUGAGGGUGGCAACAUGAAUUCAGGAGAGAUUCUGAUCAACGGGAAACCUUCCACACGUUCUCUGGUGAAGAAAUGCAUUGCUCACGUGCGGCAGGACGACCGUCUGUUACCUCAUCUCACAGUGCGGGAGACGCUGGCUUUUGUGGCCAAGCUGCGGCUGCCUGCGCACUUCACCCAGGAACAGAGAGAUCAGCGGGUGGACGAUGUCAUCGCGGAGCUGCGUCUGAGGCAGUGCGCUCACACGCGCGUGGGGAACGACUAUGUGAGGGGGGUGUCCGGUGGAGAAAGGAGGAGGGUUAGCAUCGCUGUACAGCUGCUCUGGAAUCCAGGUAUUCUCAUCCUAGAUGAGCCUACUUCAGGUCUAGACAGCUUCACAGCCCAUAAUUUGGUCAUUACAUUGUACCGUCUGGCUCGAGGGAACCGCCUGGUGUUGCUGUCAGUCCAUCAGCCUCGUUCAGAUAUCUUUCAGCUCUUUGACCUGGUGGUGCUCUUGUCUUCUGGCUCAGCCGUGUACUGCGGUCAGGCCAAGGACAUGGUACCUUACUUUACUUCUCUUGGGUACCCGUGUCCACGAUACUGCAACCCCUCUGACUACUACGUGGAUUUGAUAAGCAUUGAUCGGCGCAGUCCUGAAAAAGAAGCACAAUGUUUGGAGAAAGCCAGGAUGUUAGCGGCCCAGUUUGUAGAGAAGGUGAAGAACACAGAGGAUUUCAUGUGGAAAUCAGAAGAUUGCGGUUCUCUGGCACUGGAUGCCCCUCAAAGCAGUGUUCCUCCCGUCUCGAAGAAGGAAUCUGUGAUCACAGUUUCCAAACAGAAGGAUCGCCUGCCGGGAAAACUGCAACAGUUCACAAGCCUAAUCAAACGGCAGGUAUUUAAUGACUACCGAGAUCUGGUGACGUUGGUGGUUCAUGGUCUGGAAGCCUUGUUGAUGUCACUGCUCAUCGGUUUCCUUUAUUUCGGGGCUGGGGAUCAGGGUCUUUCUGUCCAAGAUACGGUGGCUUUGCUCUACAUGAUAGGAGCUCUGACACCCUUUGCUGUGGUGCUGGACGUCAUUGCAAAGUGUCAUUCAGAGAGAGCCAUGCUUUAUCAUGAACUGGAAGAUGGCAUGUACUCAGUCACCUCAUACUUUUUUGCCAAGGUAAAUACACUGCAUUAUGUAAGAGCUUCAGGAAUGAUAGUGGUGUCGAUGUGUAGACCUUUGGGACAUGGCAGAGCUUCACAAAUUUUUCAUGAACGUGUAGUUACAGAGUCAAAAACUUCGUCUUUCAUGGGCAACGCACUCUUCACGGUCUUCUACCUGACUGCUGGCUUUGUCAUUAGUCUGGAAAACAUGUGGCUGGUGGCGUCUUGGUUUUCUUACAUAUCCUUCAUGCGCUGGGGUUUUGAGGGAACGCUGCAGGUUCAGUUUCGUGGGACUAGAAUCCCAAUCACUAUUGGAAACCUCACUGUAGAAUUCGAUGGUAUUAAGGUUGUGGAGAUGAUGAAAAUGAACCAGUAUCCACUGUAUUCCUGCUACCUGGUGCUUAUUGCUGUUGCUUUUGUUUUCAUCCUGCUCUAUUAUCUGUCACUCAAAUUCAUUAAACAGAAGUCCAGUCAGGAUUGGUGAAGAGGACAAAUCAGCAUCAAGUCUGGUCCACACUGCAGCUUGUUCUUGCCUAGAAACCAACAUAUAAAAUGCCCAUCCACAGCACAGACCUUAUAAACCAGCUGUAGUUGUCAAGACCAAAUAUAUGUGUGUGUGUGUGUGUGUGUGUAUGCGUGCGUAACAUUUUACUACCGCUAACUGCCGCUGGAUGGCAGUAAUGUACUAUGUUUCCACACUCUUUUAAGUUUACUUAAUUGUUUUUUGGUUCUGGUAAACCACCAGAACUCAUGUUUGGUAGAUACCUUUAAACAAAUUUACUGCAGCAUGUCACAAUGUAGAUUUCAUUUAUGUAUUUACUUUUAUUUUCUUUUGCAAAUCAGAAUUGUUUUGUAUGUAUAAUAUUAUUAUUGAACAGUGUACUACACUACAGGAGCUUUGAAAGCUUGGUUAAAGAUUAAGAAAUUCUAUUGCUUGUUUUUUUUUAUAAUUAAUAUAGACACUGCACUGGUGCAACAUUCUGAUCAACAAGCUAGGAUGUAUUUGUUUGAUUCCACAUGUCUAUUGUCAUAUUUUUAAUGCAGCAUGAUGUUAAACACAUUUGAGUCUUUGAGAGAGAGAGAGAGAUGCAGAAGAGUGCCCUUUUACAGCUGGUGCUCAAACUACACCCAAACCAGCACAGCACAAUCCGGCCCAACCACAUCACACAGCUACAAAAACACAAUUACAUUGCUUACUGGAAAGAUGCCACUAAAUUACAAAAGAAGAUGGAGCUGUAUUUAGACCUAAAAAGAGACUACAAACCAGCAGAAUACCUGAGCUGUGUAAAAGAUCACAAAUUAAGAAAGACACUGACAAAAUACAGACUGAGUGAUCACUGUCUGGCUAUAGAGAGAGGACAGCACAGACAGAGAUGUCAGCCGCGAGAACAGA